UAAAAGAGUGCUUCGCAUGUCAGUUAGUCAUCAGUUCACUCGAUCUCGUCUUUGAUCGCAAAGCUCUCAACUGCCAGCAUCAUGAAUACUUUGACUAUUUGCUUGUCCUUCAGCCUGAUCCUUUGCGCUGCUUUCGUCGAGGGCGGUUUGAUUCUGGGCCAUGCUGAUGAGCUAAUUUCAAGUCCUCCUCAGUACGAGUUCCAUUAUGCUGUCCACGACACUCACACUGGCGAUGUGAAGGAUCAGUUCGAGCACCGACGGGGCGGAUACGUAACGGGUCGUUACUCCCUUGUUGAACCCGAUGGUCAUCGUCGCAUCGUCGACUACAGCGCCGAUCCGCUGCUUGGCUUCAAUGCUCAAGUGCGUCGUGAACCCAUCUCGAUCAUCACACGUCAUUAAAAAGGAUACUUUGAAAAAGUAAAGAAAAAACAAAAGAGAAUUAAUAAUGCUAUAUUUGCAUAUUAUUAUUAAAAGGCUG